UCCAGAGGGGCGGGCCCACGGCGUUUCCUAGGCGACGGAGCGGCGGUGUCGGUAGUGGAUUGAGCGGGUCUGAGCGGGGCUCCCAGAGGGCCCCGCGACGGCGGCUCGCAGGCGCUGUCAUGGCGGGUUUGCUGAAGAAGACGACCGGCCUGGUGGGCUUGGCGGUCUGCGAGAGUCCGCACGAGAGACUAAGAAUUCUAUACACAAAGAUUAUUGAUGUUCUUGAGCAAAUGCCUGCAAAUGCGGCCUACAGGAAGUAUACUGAACAGAUAACAAAUGAGAAGCUGGGUAUGGUUAAAGCAGAACCAGAUGUUAAAAAAUUAGAAGAUAAGCUUCAAGGUGGCCAAAUAGAAGAGGUGAUUCUGCAGGCUGAAAAUGAACUAAGUCUGGCAAGAAAAAUGAUGCAAUGGAAGCCAUGGGAGCCUUUAGUAGAAGAACCUCCUGCCAACCAGUGGAAAUGGCCAAUAUAAUCAUUACUAAAUGUUUUGUGUAUUGAUGGAAAACUGGUGUAAUUAAAUGCUCUGUUAUAAUUUAAAUGUUUCGCAUUAUUGAUAUUUUCUAUCAGAAAAUUAAUACAGAAGGCAUUUACGAAACUUGUUAAAAUUGGACCUUAGGAAAUAAGAAAUAUAAGUCAAUCUUCAAACUUAAACAGGGCUAAUUUAUUUUGCAGAUGAUAUUUCUUUUAACAGAGAGGUUAUAGGAACACCAGAAAUUUAAUUGGACAAAUUCCUAUAGAUUUUCUAUGCUGAAGCUAUUUUUAAAAGGAGUAUCUAACAUCAGUUAAGAGUUCUGAGUAAAACAGAAAAAUUUUGAUUGUUGUUUAAAUACAUUAAGUAAGGGGCAAAGAACCAUCAAGGUAGAAGUCAUUAUACAGUUAAGGAAUUGAUUUAGUCUUUGAAAUAGAGGUUUCUUAUUUUUAGUAAGUAAUUAGAAAAACUUCCUCUUGUCUCAUCUAAUUUAGCUUUGUUAACCUUUAGCUUUUAACCUUUACCAACCAAACUUACAUCAAGAUAGAGUUAGAAUUUCUAUAUAAAAGAAGAGAUAAUGAGUUCCUAAAGUUUGAGGUCUGAGAGAUAGUACAGGAGGUGAGGUGCUUGCCUUUCAUGCAGUUUCCCUGAAUCAGUCACCCUCACUGUUUAUGGUUCCCUGAGCACUGUCAGGAAUGAUUUCGGAGUCAGAAGUAAGCCCUGAGCGCAGCUGGGUGUGGCCAAAGGAGAAAGAGAGAAAAGUCUGACAUAAACAUCUUAGUGUUAUGGUUAUAAUAUCAAAAUGAGCUCACUAGACUUCACAAGUUUCCAACUUGAGUACAGCUGAGUAUCAAAAGGAAAAUGUUAUUCAAAGAAACAAGCUAAGGGAAAAAUCGUUUUUCAUGUGUCUUCACCUUUUCUUCAUAGCAUUUUAUCAUUUCUAAUUACUAAGUUAAACUUACUUGGAUGUUUCUUGCUUUAAAAAAUAGUACGUGUGUAUGUGUUUUCAAUUUUGCUAUCUAUAAGGCAUUGCUAGAUCAGAAUACCCAAAAUAUACUUUUCCUCAGUGUUUCAUAGUUAGCUAUAUAUUAAAUACUAAAUAGUGAGUGAACUGAAUUGAGUUGCUUUUAGCAAUCUGAAAGAAAAGAGAGUCCAGGAUCACAUUUCAGUCUUUGGCACCAUCUGAACUUAGUAAUUUGAAGAAAGCUGCCAACCUCUUAGAAUCACUUAUUUCCUUCUUUUAAAACAAAGUAGAAUUUAUUAAUAACUUCCUUUAUCAUUUUAAAGUUUGCUUUAAUAUAUGUUGAGUUCAAAGUAUAUGACUUUAGAAGCUUGUCUGCAUAGAUACUUUGAGAUAAUUUUCUAACCAUUUCUUCAGGCCCUUUGGGCACAUAAAAAACAUGACUUUAUGUGCCUGUAUCAUAUUUGAAACCACCUUAUCCUAUGAUUUUUUUUAUAACGUCUUGGAUACUUAAAUAGAAAUUCUAUGGUCAUUAAUAAACAGUGACCUUACUGAUAUUUACAAUGGGGUUCUAGUUGUAGGGUUGUAGUAGUCUCAGAAAUAAUAAUAACUAAAGUUUAUUAAUGUUUGCUAGGCACUGAUCUAAGUUCUUCCAAAGAGUGAAUUACUGUAAAUCAUAUAUAUUUUCUAGAUAAACUAAGAAUAGUUCUUCCCUGCAAUUGUGCUACAUGGGGGAAGCAGUGAUGAGAUAGGGUAGUAAGACCCCUAAGGUGACAGCUGUGGAAACAAAUUUUGGGCCUUGACAAGUCCUGCUUCAAGAACUCUUAACAGUGUUUCUUGCCUGUUUUGUGUGAGCUGCACAGAAUAACCUAUAUUCCUGCUUUGAUUUUCUGUCAAUGUACCUAUAGAGAACAUAUAUGAAUAAAAAAAGCAGUAAACCAGAUUUCAAAAACCAUCUGUGUUUUAAAAUUUCAGGAAAGGAAAUAUUGAUCUGUAUUUUCAUUAAUUAGGUCAGAGGUAGAAUCAGAAUUUAAUUUCUAUUGCAUGAUUUUCCAGUUCUAGUAUUCUAAAUGAUCUAGUGCUUUCCCCCCCCUCUAAUUCCUCUAUGUCAAAAUGCAUGUUAGACUAAAGUAACAAUGGGAAAUAUUCUGAGAUGCAUGAUUUCAUAAAGUCACUAGGUGGCAUUAUUGUUCAAAGAAAGACAUUAAAAUUUAUAAAUGCUGAAAUAAGCUUUUUAGUUUCGGUGGAGCUCUUUUUGUUGGUGUUUGGGCCACACACAGAAAUGUUAUUCUUGACUCUGGUGUCUCUGAAAUUGGUUCUCCCCAUGCUUUGCAUGCAUUCAGUCAGGUAAACUCUGAACCCAAGUAGAUGUUUUAUUUCCCAAAUUAUAGUCAAUUUGGGAAAUACGUGUAAAAUGCACACGUUUAUUGUGAGAAGUAAAAUGGGAAAUACUACCAAGUGUUCUUUCAAGGUUGUUUUCAGCUUGUAAUUAGAAAAACUUCCAUAGAUAUAUUCCACAUACAUUAUAUAUAUAAUAACCAGAGAGAGAGAGAAGUGUACUGUGCAAGAUAAUUUCCAAGAUAGUCUAUAAGUAAAUUCAUAUAGUUGCUUCCCUAUUACAUUAAAAAUAGGUAUCUGAAGUUCUUCAUCACAGUUUUUUUGUUGUUUAUACUGUCUGGAGCAAUAGCACAGAGGGUAGGGUGUUUGCCUUGCACGCUGCCAACUCAGGUUCAAUUCCUCCCUCCUUGGAGAGCCCGGCAAGCUACCGAAAGUACCCUGCCUGCAUGGCAGAACCUGGCAAGCUACCCGUGGCGUAUUCGAUAAGACAAAAACAGUAACAACAAGUCUCACAAUGGAGACAUUACUGGUGCCCACUCCAGCAAAUUGAUGAACAACUGGAGGACAGUGUGACAGUGCUAUACUGUCUUGAGUGGGAGGAACAUAGAAGUGACAUUGUAGAGGUGGGAGAAAGGAGAGAGUUUAAAACCAAUGUAAUUCUCAUUAGUAAAAUUUUAAGAUGCAUUAAGAUUUGGAAAUAGGAGUGGUGGUGAUAUUUGAAGGUUUCUGCAUACUUCAAAUCACACCUGGUUUACCUGUGAAAGAUCUACCCUAGUACUUCGGUACUUUCCCUGAUCUUCAUGAAGAUGUGGGGUUACAUAGCCAUUUAUGUGCAUUGCUUUCACUUAAAAUCCUUAUUAAAUUCGGUUUUAUUUAAUAAUCUAAAAUUUUAUAUUCUAGUAAGAAGUGUAUUUUAAAUUGGUGUGGAGAUUGGAAAAACUGACAUUAAUUUCAGUAAUGUUCUGGGAAGAUGCCAGUGUAAUUUCAUCACAAAGGAAUAAAGAUAUUGAGCAUUAUGAAAGAAA